AAGAAAAGGAUUGUCUGCAAUUACAUUUUUUGAGUUUAUAUUCCUUUUUUUGUUUGCAUGGCUCCACGAGAUUUGGAAAGGAAAUAAAAAUCACCGCCUCAGAUUAUAUUACAAAAAGAGUAAGAAGGCGAUGUUAUUUGAUAUAGUAAAGAAUAUAAAGCUGUGCUGCUGAUCACGCAAGAGUCACAUGUGUAUCUCUCUGUUUUCUUGUGACCAAGGGGCAGAUUAUGUUCAGAUCUUGAUCGAGUAAAGAUUCUCUUUAUAGCUUUGAAGCUUCUACAAGGUUAAAAAUGUCGGCUUAUGCGCAUCAGAUGGAGAGAGAACUCUCAGGUCUCACCAGCCGAGGCAAUUCCGUUCUUGUUGCAGAGAUGGGAAGUCGGUUUUCGAUAGAUUCAGGAUGUUACAUGACAUCUUUGGCAGCUACCAUCUUCAUCGCUUCUCUUGUGACAUUCGGAGUCUUGAUGGUUACGCUUCUUAUAGCUAUAUCAACCAUGUUACAAAGCUGCGAAAACAAAAACUCUGGAAUCAUCCAGGUUCAACAAAGACUUGUUGUUGAUGAUGAGAGUUUGAGUUACUGCAGAAUCUUGUCUCUACACUCUAACCUCAACAGCUUGGAUGAAGAAGAGUUACCUUUGUUAUGUAGAGACGUUGCUUUACAAAGAAUCAAACAAGGAAUCUACUUGAGAGAGUUGAACUUCACUGUCCAAAUGGUUCUCACUUACUUCAAGAACAUCCAACCGAUGAACCGGGAUGCUGUUGUGAUGGAUAUUGAUGACAUCAACCUGAUAAAACAAGAGGUUUACAUUGAAGAAGCAAAGCAUCAGAGAAGCAAACUAAUACUUGAACUAUACUCUAAGCUAAGAUCACAAGGCUAUUCAAUGGUUCUGUUAUCAAAAAGACCCCAAGAAGAGAGAAACUCCACUGCUGAGCAGCUAAAAUAUAGAGGAUACAGUGAUUGGUCCGGUUUGAUCAUGAGGGAAGAUGCAAGACACAAGGAAGAGUUGGAAAGAGACUACCGCAUAGUUGGAGUCAUUGGUAAUCACAUGGAUGUGUUAACAGGCCAGUGGAGCUGCCAAAGCAAGCGUCUGUUCAAGCUUCCAAGUCUUACCUAUAAUGAUAUCUUUGGAUUACAGUGAAAUAUCAUGGGAGUUUUUUUGUUGUGCAGUGACUCUACUUUUCAUACUUCGAAUGUGCAUAGGUUUUCAAGAGUUUCUGUGUUAUAGAUCUUAUACCAUUCAUAGAUAAGGUAUAUAUUGUGUUAUGAACGAAUAAGUUUACUAUCUCGUACACUCAUAUUUAUAGUAGCCUCAAAAUCCGAUUUCAAGCA